AUGAGUUUUAGUGCCGACGAUCCGUUGGCGGGUAUUUUAAGUGACGGAAGCGAUGAUAGUUUCUUUGAUGAUGAUAUUUUAAAUAAAAAGAAACCUGACAAAAAGAAAGAUAUCAUAACUAACAUUGAAAAAAAGAAUACGUUAUUCGACUUAGAUGAUCGGCAAAGAACUAAGCCCUCUGAUAAUACUUACACAUCCAGUAAGAUAAAGGAUAACGUAGAGUCACGAAAAACUUCAUCAAUAAUUGAAAAUAAAUCUAUAUCUCCGGCUGCAGUAAGACAUUCGUUUUCUAAAGAGGAAAUUAAUUUAACAAAAGAAAAACCUAAUACAACCUUACCGGAUUACUUUCAAUCUCCGAUAAAGCCAAAUGUUUCUAAAAAAAUAGAUUUAUUAGGCGAUCUAAUCGAAGAGAAAAAUAUACCAAAGCCUUUAGAAAGGGGUAAGAGUUCACAAUCCUUAUUGGAUGACAUACUUGGAGGGGCUACUGUAAAAACACAAAUAUCAAGACCUGCUACAUCAACGAAAAAUCAAGAUAUUAAUUUGAACUCGGUAAUAGGAAAAAGUGAAUCUAAACAAACUUUAAAUUCGAAUAUUGGUUCUAAACCAACUUUAUUAAAACAAGAGCUAAAACCAGAUAACUCUAGAACGAGUAAACAGAAAAAGAAAAGUGACGAUUGGCUAGGAAUCUUUCAGGAAUCGGAAGAUACCAUUAAGGAAGAUUCCGAUAUGCCAUCUUGGUUAACGGGAGGUAAAACAAAACAAGUUGAAAAAGAAAUAAAACCUACUGAACCAGUCAAAGAAAGCAUAGAAGAAACACACACUGAAACGAAAGAAAUUAGUAAUGUAGAAACACCACAACAAAAAUGUUUAAACUUGGAGGUGAAUGAUGAUUUGACAUCAGAAGGAUUAACGAUGUGUUUGCAGCAGCAAGAAGCUCAGCUGCAGAUUGCUCUUCAGUUAAAGGCACAGGAUGAUAAAUUAGCAGCAAUGCAAAUGCGUCAGAAGGAAACACAAAAAGUGCAGCGUGAAACAGCAAUGGUUCAUCAUCAGCAGUUAGAUGCAAUGCUGCGUAGACAAGCUGAGCAUCGCCGACAGAUGCAAACCAUUAUUGCCUCCCAUCAAGAUAGGAUUACGCAAAGGAUAAAGGCACUGUUAGUCAAUACCGAAGACGUCGCGCUGGGUAUAGUUGACGGGGAAGUAGACCCGACAGAAGUUAAAGAAAGCCCUUACACGAGAGAAAAGAAACAAUUGCUUCAAUUAGUUAAGUCACUUCAACAGAAUCAUGAUAAAGAAAUUGAUUUAAUGGAAACUUCCUAUAGGCGACAAUUAGAUUUUUUGGAAGUAUCUUAUAACCAAGCUGAAGAACGAAUGAAAGAUGAGGCAGACAAGCUGGUAAAAUUUUAUACUGAAAAGAUAUCGUGGUUGGACGACCAUCACCAAAUGUACAAAAAAAUGACAGAAGAGAAUUUAACCUCUAUCAUGGAACGGCAUAAGGCCGAAAAUGACGUACUAAGACAACAACACCUUGACAAUAUUAAAGUUUUACAGGAGCAUCAUGCAUCUCUUUUGGAGAAUAUCAAACACGCAGUAAAACAGGAGCAAGUUCUUAUUAAGGACUCAGCAGAAUUUUCAUUAGACUUACAAGGGCUGGUAGUAGAUGUUAAAGAUAAUAAUGACAAAUGUCAGCAGAUGUUCAGUAAAAUGGACGCGUUGGUGAAAGAAACUCAAAGAGAUAAUGAAAGAAGUCUGCAGAUAAGAGAGAAACAUAUUACGGAUAUCAUUGAUCAGCUGAAAAAAGAUCGAGAGGACUUUGAGAAGGAAAAAACGGAAAGUAAAGAUAUUGUGAAAAUGCUUGAAAGCCGACUCCGACAGAUGACUACAAUGAUGGAAGAGGAAACAGCGUCUCUUCGACAGAAAAAGAUGGAGUUUGAAUUCGAGAAAGCAACGUUUAGUAAACAGACUGAAUUCGCCAAAAAUUUGCUUAAGAAACAAGAUGAAGAGGUUAAGAUGUUAAAAAAUGAAAUACAGAAGGAAUAUCAAGAGAAGAUAGCGAGGGUAGAUGAAGAGAGGGCUAAAAUUAUGAAGGAGUCGGGAUUGGUUGCCAAAGAAAAGGCCUCCAUACAAAGUCUAAAAUUGGAAAUAGAGAAAACUAAAGCAGAGUUGGAUGCUCGUCUACAAGAAGUAACCGAGGAGAGGUCAAAACUAAACGCCGAAAAACAAGCGAUAUAUAUCGAAGAGCAGAGAAUAACAGCCAAGAAUCGAGAUUUGGACCUCUUAGCGAAAUCGGCUAUCGAAAAACAAUCGCAAGCAGAUAAAAAACUAUCGGAGGCCAAUUUCAUUCAGCAAAAAUACGAAGAUCGCAUUCAUAGGAUUCAAGAACAUGUUGUGUCAUUAAAUUUAAGAGAAAAACAAAUUGCGAAGGAAAAAGUAGCUCUAUCAAGGGAAAGAUUGAGUUUGCACAAUGAAAGGAAACAGUUGGAUGAAAAGCAAUGUUCUUUAUGUCGUACUAAUGUUCAGUCUCUGCCGGUUCAUACGGAGUUUGGGAUUUCGAGAGAAUUUAGUCACAUGAGUUUUGUUCCCAAAGAUUUUUCUAUGAAUAGAGAUUUUAAUUUAAGCAGGGAUUAUGGUAUAAUUAACGAUAUAGAAAUGGAAAUGUCUAAUUUUAAUAAUGAGGGCAGACAAGACGGGGAUAUCGCAGAGGAUGGCCAAGGGCAAGGAUCCAAUCGGUAUAAGAGUUACAUGGAUCCAAAGUUAAUGAUGCUUCGCUUGGAUGUUCAAAAAGUGAUUAAUAGUUUACAACAAAGUAAAAAAAAUGAAGAGUUGACUGUUGGUCAGGACAAUGGAUAA